GCAUCAGUUCCAUAAUGUCUAUGUCCCAUUCCCAUUCCAUAAUCUAUUCCGACCAAUCAUAUCAAAUUAUUGUUCAACAUAAAGAAAAAAAGUGUAAUAUGACUCAAUAGAAUUAAUCGAUCAUUAAUUGCCAAACAAGAUGUGUAAACUUUCUAAUUUGCAAUACCCCUUAAUAGUCUAUUAAAUAAUAAUCAUUAUGAAUGUGUUGUAAUGUGAAACAAAAUAGGUGGAUUGUGGAAUGGCUAGUAGACGGGAUGUUUUGAAAACAUCAAUGGAUCCCUUGCCAAGUGCCAGUGACCCUCUGAGGGAUCUUUUUGAAGCCUGCAAAGUAGGGGACAUAACUAGAGUACGAAAACUGGUUACUUCAACAACUGUGAAUGCCAGAGAUACUGCUGGAAGGAAGUCUACUCCCCUUCAUUUUGCAGCUGGCUACGGCAGACGUGACGUAGUAGAGUUUCUUCUCUCGGCAGGCGCUUCCAUUCAAGCCAGAGAUGAUGGCGGCCUCCAUCCAUUACAUAAUGCGUGUUCCUUUGGACAUGCCGAUGUUGUUAGAUUAUUACUCGAGGCAGGGGCUAAUCCAAACACUAGAGAUAACUGGAACUACACCCCAUUGCACGAAGCAGCAAUCAAAGGAAAAGUGGACGUUUGUAUAGCACUGCUUCAACACGGAGCUGACGUAAACAUCCGAAACACUGAAGGCAAAACACCACUGGAAGUAGCAGACCCUAUUACUAGACCGGUACUGACUGGAGAAUAUCGUAAAGAUGAACUCCUUGAAGCUGCUCGAUCAGGAGCUGAAGACAGACUGCUUGCCCUUCUCAAUCCUCUGAAUGUCAAUUGUCAUGCGAGUGAUGGAAGAAGAUCAACUCCUUUGCAUUUGGCUGCUGGAUAUAACAGGAACCGGGUAGUGCUGUUGCUGCUUCAGCAAGGAGCUGAUGUUCAUGCCAAAGAUAAAGGAGGUUUGGUCCCACUUCAUAACGCCUGCUCCUAUGGUCACUUUGAAGUUACAGAAAUGUUAAUAAAACACGGUGCCAAUGUAAACGCCAACGACCUCUGGGCUUUCACUCCUCUACACGAAGCUGCUUCAAAAUCGAGACUUGAAGUUUGUUCUCUCUUGCUAAGCGAGGGAGCAGAUCCCCACCAGUUGAACUGCCAUUCCAAAUCUGCCAUAGACGUAGCUCCUACACGGGAACUACAAGACAGACUUUCGUAUGAAUACAAAGGUCACCUACUUCUCGAUGCGGCUCGACAGGCCGAUACAACCAAACUGAAAAAGUAUCUCACCGCGGACAUCAUCAAUUUCAAACACCCCUACUCUGGGGACACCGCCCUCCACGCUGCAAUCACAUCUCCCUACCCGAAGCGAAAACAAGUAUUAGAAACCCUCAUCCGCAAGGGGGCGCACCUCAACGAAAAGAACAAAGACUUUCUGACGCCUCUUCACGUGGCGGCGGACAAUUCUCAUUAUGAUCUCAUGGACGUGCUGCUGAGGCACGGGGCCAAGGUGAACGCACUCGACGGACUAGGCCAGACAGCACUCCACAGGUGCGCUAGGGAGGAUAAUGUGCAAGCCUGCAGGAUUCUGCUCAGCUAUAACGUGGAUGCUAGCAUACUUUCAUUGCAAGGCUAUACUGCUGCGCAAGUGGCGUCGGAAAACGUUUUGAAGAUUUUGCAAAAUCCUCCCACAGGUAGUGCAGAUGUCGAAUGUCAAAUUCUCGAAGCAGCCAAAUCGGGAGAUUUGGAACAAGUUCAAAGGUUACUCGGAUCAUUUCCUCACAUCGUCAAUUGCAGGGAUCUAGACGGAAGGCAUUCAACCCCAUUACAUUUUGCUUCGGGUUACAACAGGGUAUCUGUAGUGGAGUUUUUGCUGCAACAGGGUGCGGACGUUCACGCCAAAGAUAAAGGGGGUUUAGUUCCUCUUCACAACGCUUGUUCCUAUGGACACUAUGAAGUGACUGAAUUGCUGGUUAAACAUGGUGCAACUGUAAAUGUAGCAGACUUAUGGAAAUUUACUCCUUUACACGAAGCUGCUGCCAAGGGAAAAUAUGAAAUUGUUAAAUUGUUGCUAAAGCAUGGGGCGGAUCCGAGCAAGAAAAAUCGAGAUGGAGCCACCCCUCUAGAUCUGGUAAGGGAAGGGGAUCAAGACGUUGCAGACUUGCUGAGGGGUAAUGCCGCUCUGUUAGAUGCUGCGAAGAAAGGCAAUUUAGCGAGAGUUCAAAGACUGGUAUCUGUAGAAAAUAUCAACUGCAGGGAUGCUCAAGGUAGAAAUUCCACUCCGUUGCAUCUAGCAGCCGGGUAUAAUAACGUAGAAGUGGCCGAGUUCCUUCUGGAAAACGGAGCAGACGUAAAUGCUCAAGACAAAGGUGGAUUGAUACCGUUGCAUAAUGCUUCGAGUUAUGGUCACCUGGACAUUGCAGCACUGUUGAUAAAGUAUAAUACUGUCGUUAACGCGACUGACAAAUGGGGCUUCACGCCACUACAUGAAGCUGCACAGAAAGGACGUACCCAACUGUGUGCGCUGCUGUUGGCCCAUGGUGCCGACCCCUUCUUGAAAAAUCAAGAGGGACAGACGCCGGUCGACUUAGCGACUGCCGACGACGUCCGAUGUCUACUCCAAGAUGCCAUGGCCUCCCAGCAAGGCGUCCCAACAACUUCAGCUCCUUCAUCCCGCCCUCCAUCGAUAGCUCUCUCACACACCCCUAGUCCUCCUAUCCCGUCCACGAAUACGGAAACAGUGAUAAUGCCUUCCGGCACUUCUGUGCAACUCCUGAUUCCGAUAGGCAGCAGGAAUAGUGUCUCGAUGAGUUCAGCUGACGGUUGCUGUUCGUCUUCCGUUAAAAUGGAAGGUGGCGGAGACGGAGAGGUGGCCGCUAUUUGUUCCAUAUCGAACUUUCUGGCGAGUCUCAAUCUUGAGCACUUGCUGGAUAUUUUCGAGAGAGAGCAGAUCACCUUGGAUAUUUUGGCGGAGAUGUCUCAUGAAGAUCUCAAGCAAAUCGGUAUUUCUGCAUAUGGAUUCAGGCAUAAACUGAUCAAAGGUAUGGAACGUCUUGUGGCAAGUUGUGGUGGCCUCUGGUCCACUCCUUCAAAUCCUGGAACACUUUUGGUUGAUCUCUUGACAGACGACAAAGAAUUCAUCACUGUAGAAGAAGAAAUGCAGAACAGUAUCAGAGAACACAGGGAUAACGGUCACGCUGGUGGUAUCUUUUCUAGAUAUAACAUUGUUCGGAUUCAAAAAGUUCAGAACAGAAAACUUUGGGAGCGUUACAAUCAUCGAAGACAAGAAGUCGCUGAAGAAAACGGUCACCAGGCUUGCGAGAGAAUGCUCUUCCAUGGCUCCCCUUUUAUCAACGCUAUCGUUCAGAAGGGUUUUGAUGAGAGACACGCUUAUAUUGGUGGUAUGUUUGGAGCGGGCAUAUAUUUCGCUGAACAUUCCUCCAAAAGUAACCAGUAUGUGUAUGGGAUUGGUGGCGGUACAGGAUGUCCCACACAUAAGGAUCGGAGUUGCUACGUGUGUCACAGACACCUUUUGCUUUGUCGUGUGACCCUCGGAAAAUCCUUCCUGCAGUUUAGCGCCAUGAAGAUGGCGCAUGCACCGCCCGGUCACCAUUCCGUUGCCGGUCGGCCUUCUGCUGGUGGUCUCAACUUUCCCGAAUACGUCGUCUACAGAGGCGAACAAGCCUACCCGGAGUAUUUCAUAACUUACCAGAUCGUCAAGCCAGAGGAGUUUUCGAGCAGUACGGAUUCGGAAGUAAGGUGAUUUCCAGAGCAGUGGUUGUUGCUCCAGCCUACCAGAACUUUCAAGGAAUAUUUUUGUAACCUGAUGUGCCACGCGUUGAGGUGUCUAGCACCGGCUCGCAAGCAAUGCAGCUGUCAGGAGCAGAAGCAGUGAGUUGGAAAGGUGGAAUUUUCAAAUGGAACGGGAUUUUCUUUCAACGAUGAAAUGUCAAAGUGAUAGAGGUACUUGAAUCAAGCUUCUUGGGAAGAAAUUAAUUUUGGGACUUGGUAAUAUCACAGAUUACAAGUUUUUUCUAUCAGAUCAAAAGAAAUCAGUUAAUUAAUUGAGCAGAUGAUUGAAUUUUGGUAUAUAACAAAAACAUUUUUUAUUAGAAUCGACGAUGUUUCCCAAAAUAUAAAAGUUUUGUCUACCCAUUAGUUGACGUCUUUAGAAGUACUAAAACUGAUGAAUAUGGUAUAUAGUUUCAUUGUCUUUGAAUUAUAACACCUUGCUAACAAAGUCAUUACAAUUAUGAUAAUAGACUUCAUAAUUAUGCCAAAAAAAAUUAUUAAAUGAAAUAAAAAAUUUGAAGAAAAAUAUCAAAAGCAAAUUUACAGGGUUGAGUUGAAAAACGGCUUUAGCUGACACUCCACCGUUUUGUCAUAGGGUUCUCUUCAAUUAAUAUAAAUACAAAUAAGAUAUCCUUUAUCUCUUGUGACGAAUAAAGUCAACUACUAUCAUUACCAUUAUUAUAUUGGAUUCAAAAAAAAUAUCUCAGAAUAAAAGUGGCUUUUAACCGCCAGUAGAUCCUUAUUUAACUUUCAGAAUUCUAUUUUUGCUAGAUAUUAUUUAGUUUGGUAAACAGUUGGUGAAUGGUUGUACACGUCUUGGCUCUUAUCAUGAGAGAUGAUCAUAGUAUAGAAAGAGUAAUGUUAAAAUGAAAAUUUUGUUGACAAACGUCAUAAAUGGCAGAUUGUUUUUUCCUACUCCUGAUAUUGUCAAUUCAUCAUGACUAGUGACUUGUUUCUAUGAAGGUGCUAAAGGAUCACAGAGUAUUUUCAUUUUAUAAUGGACAAUUCAAAUUGUUGACUUGCUAAAUUGUCAAUUAUAUAAAAUCAUCAGGGAAGGAUGGAACCAAACUUUGUUAUUUCUCUAGUAGUGACUACGUGUGGCCAGCAAAACAUGUUUGCGAAAAGUUGUGAAACAAUUUCUCGAAAAAUCUGGACGAGAACCUUGAAAGCCUAUUCAAUUCAAUACUGAGUGUUAUAUUAUUUGAUUUAUACUGAUUCUAAUAUUGAAUGUUUCAUAAUGAUGUCAAGUGUAUAAAUAAUGAGUAUGUAUUUUUUUAUGUGAUAGAAAAACCAGUAUUCUCUUCUCUGAUUUAAGUCAGAAUAUAUAGUACCUGAAAUAUUGAAUAAAACCCCCCAUUUUUUAGUUCCAAAUAAAUUAUAACUGGGAAUAAAGGAGAAAGAGUGAUUUUUAAAAUUCUGUAAUUCAGAGAUGAUUUAACAGGUAAACAUGCAAUUAUUAUGAAAAUUAUAACUCAAUUAUAAUAUUUUCUGACUUUUGUUUCGAUUAUAAAUUCAUACUGUGCCAAAAAUUUUCGAAAUAAAAUGAAACUUCCAUUGAUAUGUAUUACCUAACUCCGUUGAAAAUUCAUCUUUCUAAUGAGUACUGCUAGCCUAUAAGAUUUUGCUAUUCGAGGUUUGUUCUUGAACUAAUGUGAACACCGAUCGUUACUGUAAAGUAUUAUUCAAAAUAUGAAUACACUCGGAAGGCUUGAAAUAAAACAAUUUUGUGGACUUGAUUAUUUUUUGUGAUAAAAAAUUAAACGAAGUCAAAAAGAAAUCAGUGACCAGACCAUUAUAACAAGUUACUCGUUUUCUGGAAAGUUUAUACGAAAAAUUUAAUAUUUAUCUGUGAAUAUUAUGUCAAAACUUUUUUAGAAGAGAGUCUCUCAAGAGGUUCUUGUCCGAGUCAUUUUCAAGCAUUCGAUCAGGAGAUUGACGAAAAUUUUGUAUGAUAAUGUGUUCAUUUAUGUACAUAAUUGUGUGGAUAAUUCAUACAUUGUUGUAUAAAGUAUGGUUAUUUUGUCGUUCAUAUAAUUUCUCGCGUUAUUUAUUGUCAUCGUACAAUUGAAUUUUUAUUAAGACUAAACUGAGUAUUGAAUUCAGAAAUAUUGAAAAAAAUGUGAUAUGAAUAUUUAAAAUUUUUAUAAUAGUAAAGCAGUUAUCUUAAUUUACUUGGUGUGGUUUGUUAGAAUAUACAUGAUUAAUUUUAAUUAUUGCUGAUAACUUAUUGUGAUUUAUUGUUUUUUAUAUAUAUAAAUACAUUUUUCCUGUGUGGUUUCUUCAUUGACUACAUUUUCAUUAUUCUAAUCAAAUGUAUAUUUUGUACAAUUAGUGUAACUAUCCCCAAAUAAUCUGAAAACUCUGGAUUUGAUAAAAUAAAGGUGAGUACUUUUCUCU